CAAGAAAAUGGCCUCCUAUCACUGUCUAAAGGGAGCCCCCACCCCCAACUCCUCCUGUUCCCCAAAGGAGAGGGGGCACAAUGGAGAAAUCAGUUCUAGUUCAUGCUCAGUGGGGUAACUUAAGGGGAAAGGGCAGCCAGGAAGCCAAUUUCCUGUACUGGCUUGAAAGUACAUUGAAAAACAGAACGUAAAUGCUUCAGUAUGGAGUUGAUUCUACUGCUUUUGGGACUGGGAAGGGUUAAUGGCCAAAGGCCAAAUGCUGGGUGUUCGUCUCUUCUUGUGUAGAUAGAGAGGCCAGCAGAGGGAAGCCGAGAAGCUGCAGAGAGUGCACCAUGGCGGAAUUCACUGCAAGAGACAUUUACCAGGCAGAGUUUGAUCCCAGAGCCUAUCUGGAGUAUUUCAAUUUUGGAGGAGGCACCUUGGGUGAUGAAGCCAUUGAAUUUUACCUGGGACACUUUUGCAAGACCUUUGCUUCAGGGCGCCUGAAAGGCGACACGCUGGUUGACCUGGGCAGUGGCCCCACCAUUCACCAGUUCCUCUCCGCCUGCGAGUCCUUUGGCAGCAUCGUAGCCUCAGAGCCUGUUGAUCGAAACCGCCAGGAAAUAGAGAAGUGGCUAAAGAACAAACCGGGAGCUUUUGACUGGACCCCAAUUGUGAAGUAUGUCUGUGAGCUGGAAGGAAACAGGCUGGGAGACACCAUGGAGGGGAACUUCAUUGGGAAAGAGGAUUACAAGCAGCAUUUUGCUCCCAAAGACUACAUCAAAACCUACUACUCUCUUAGCAAUGACUGCCACGCAGAAAACACCAUUUUAACUUUCUCUCUGAAAAACCUCCAUAGGGCCUUCAUUUCAGGUGGCAUUAAAGGAGACACCCUGAUUGAUAUCGGAAGUGGACCCACCAUCUACCAGUUCCUCUCUGCCUGCGAGUCCUUCCGAGAAAUCAUUGCUACGGAUUAUACUGACCAGAACCGGGAGGAGCUGCAGCGGUGGCUGAGGAAGGAGCCGGGAGCUUUCGACUGGUCCUCGGUGGUGAAAUAUGCAUGUGAGCUGGAGGGGGACAGGGAGAAAUGGAUUGAAAAGGAAGAGAAGGUCAGAAGGACCAUCAAGCAAGUCCUCAAAUGUGACGUGACCCAAGCCAAUCCUCUUGCUCCCUUGGAGUUGCCUCCUGCCGAUUGUGUCCUUUCUCUCCUCUGCCUGGAAUCAGCUUGUGAAGAUCUGCCAACCUACUGCUCAGCGCUAAAGAACAUCAGUUCUCUCGUGAAGCCAGGAGGGCAUCUCCUCUUAGUGACAUGUCUUAAAGGAAACUUCUAUAUGGUUGGCCAGAAUUGCUUCUUCUGCCUCUAUCUGGAGCAAGAAACUGUUGAUGAUGCUGUGAGAGGGGCUGGCUUUGAUAUUGUUUGGUCUGAGCUGAACCAAGUGAGUUAUUCACUGGAUGUGUCCAACAAUCGAGGCACGUAUGUCCUGGUAGCCCAAAAACGGCAAUGAAAUGAAGGACCCUGCGUAGCAAAGGAAAAGGAAACAAAAACGAGACCAUUCCAUUGAACGAUUCUGGUGUGUUAGAAAAUGAACAGGAUCAAAGAUAUUCAAUUGCAUUUAAGUAUAAACUGGAUCAGGAGGAAAAAUGAGUGUAGGGUAUUAUUUCUGAAAAGGGGCUGCAAAAUUUAAUAGAAGAUUUUUUUUCUUUUCUUCUGCUCCCUCUCAGAUUGAAUUAAUAAAACAUGAAUAAUUCUAAAUGGCUGUUAGUAAAUGUGAAUGGACUAACAAGUCCUAUGAAAAGAGAAAAAAAGAGUGACACUUAAGAAAAACAACAGGAUUUCUGUCCAGAGACACCUUAGAGACCAAAAAGAUUUCGAGAUUUAGAACUGACUUGGGAGCUUACACUCUGAAAAUCUUGGUCUCUAAGGCACCUGCUAUACUUUCUGGGAGAAAAUUCUCUGUAAAAUUGGCCGUACGCAAUUAUAUCAAAAGUUUCUUGUCAAUGCUGUUGCUGUUUUUGGACAUGGAAUUGCUGUUGCUUCAGAAAUACUCCAGCGGCCUGCUUUCUAUAAUUCCUGGUGGUUAUACCAUAUUUUGAUGUAGUGGUUAAGAGCACGGGACUCUAAUCUGGAGAGCUAGGUUUGAUUCCCCACUCCUCUACUUGAAGCCAGCUGGGUGACCUUGGCUCAGUCACAGCUCUCUCAGAGCUCUCCCAGCCCCAACCCACCUCACAGGGAGAUUAUUAUUGCAGGGAUAAUAAUACCAUUCUUUGUAAACCGCUCUGAGUGGGCAUUAAGUUGUCUUGAAGGGUGAUUGUUGUUGUUAAUCAUGGGCUCAUCAGAGGAUGAACUACUGAAAAAUUUGAGGAAGUCCAUCACUAUGUCAAUCAUUUGGCUGUUAGAAUUUAAAAAGAGAACUGUGAAAUUGGAAUUCUCAGUGUUACUUUCUCGGGUUCCUCAAUUCAUGCAGGAUCCUGGCUUGUGUCUCAACAGGUUAUGAAAGGUAUUUCCAGUUGAGAUAGCCCAGGGAAUCCAAACCGCUCACAACCUGUCAACAUGAACCAUCUGCCCAUAAAAGGGUGCUUAUUUAGGGCGUUCAUUGUUAUUCCACAAUGCAGUCAUCAAAUCAUCUUGAGCACAUUGCAUCAAAAAAUCCAAGGAAUUACUUGCAUGAUCUGGUUUCUCUUCAGAUCGCAUAAAUCUAUCACAUGAAAGCAGUGAUGAAGACUGUCUAGUGGCCUGAAAUUGGCACAGGCAUUGCAAAGACUGUACAUGAAUGAACCACCGUUACCCGAAUUGGCUCCUGUGUCAGGCCAGAAAAGUGAAAAACAUCCCCCACAGGCAUCAAACUAGAACAUGUGUCCCAAGACAAAAAGGGAUCAUUUGAGGGUGUUGUACACAGAGUUCCAGACUAGCACAACAAAUCAGCAAGGGACAGAAAGAUGGAAAGGAGACAGAUAACUUUAUUACCCUCUCCAGAAUGCAGACUGCAAAAUGCGGAAGUGAAACAUUAGUAACCAGGACUGAGAUACAGAACCAUUCAAAUGGUAACAACGUGGAGCAAUUUACUUGUGACAAUCCAGUAAAACCAUUCACAUCUGCAUAAUCCCUGUGUCCAGUUGUAUUUGUGCCCAGUUAAAGUUAUCUUUAACACAAAAUAUGUUCCUCUCAUGUGGCUAGUCCAGAGUAACCAACCCUCCCCCCAAAAAGAUAGGUGAUGGAUUGCCCAAAAAGAGCACCAAAGGGGGGGGGGGGGAGCGACCUGCUGAGAUGGCAGACGCUUGAGUGAGGUGCUCCCAAGCCCCUACUCCCUCCAGUGCUAAAAACACCAUCUUAAAACAAUUGAAACCCUUCAACUAGCAAAGGCAAGUCAUGUUUGAAAAAUCCUGGGUCUCUAAAGCCUCCCAUUCUGCCUGUACCUUGGCAGCCUCAGCCUCUCUCGCCAGCUGUAGCUUGGCAGCCUGUCUCCUCAGGUUUUCUUCAUUCAUGGCAAACUCAGCCCUCUUGGCCACAGCAGCAGCUUCAGCUCCUGCCUUGAUGUUCUCCAAAGCUAACGCAGCUGCCUCAGACUGGUAAGAAGAACGGCUGAUGCAUGACAAGGCUGACUUACUAAGUUUGGCUAAAGAAGCUAUGGAAGGACAGCUGGACGAGUGGCAGAUUGGCACCUUAUGGGAGGAAUGACCUGAGAAAGAACCCUUUAAGGCUGUUCUACUUGUUGAACACCAGUCGAAGGAGGCAGAACAUGGGGCUCACCAUCAACUGAGUCAAGGCGUUUUGAUUCUUCUUCCUUGAUGUGCUCCUCCAGGUCUACCAGGGUGGUCUUGAUGAGUUUCUCCCAUGCUCUGGUCACCUCCUGAAGGUGCUGCUUUUUCUCCAAUCCCUCAUCCAUGUCCAGCUAAUUCAGGAUGCCAAUGAUGCCGUCAUCAUGUGCUUUCCACUUUUGAAACCGGUUUGCUAGGUGAAUCCAUGUGCUAGGUGAGUCCACAUUAUCUAACACUGCUACAUCAGUGAUGGCGUCCAGAUGUCUCUGUAUCUUAAUCUAAGCUUUCUCUGACUUCUGAUGUACUUCUGAUGUCCUUGAGGACAAAUAUUCAUGCACCUUGGGAGACAGAGUCUUUCCCUGAUCCCAUAUCUGAAGCAUGGAUCCCACCUCCGUACCAACAGUUAAUGCCAAAAUGGAUGGGUUGCCAAAUGAGCCUUGUGCCUUCUGACUAGGGUUCGCAACGACAUUGGGGUCUUAUUGAGUUUCCUGAGGAAUCUUCCAUGGUGGUUCGCUUUUUGGUUGCAAAAUUAUUAAGAGACUGCCAUGCUAGUUCAGGAUCCACUGGACCUCCGUUUUGUACCCUGUUGAUGUACACGGGCCAGUAUCCUGCAUGAGU